UCGUCACUGAUGAAUGUCGUUUAGUUGCAUUAAGUCUUCUUAAACGUAAUCAACAUCGUCAAUUAGUUGAUUUUGAUAAUCAUUUAGAUUUAAUUUCUAAUGAUUGGCGUAAUCCAAAUAUAAAUAAUGAACUACAAUCAUCAUCUUUUUAG